UCAAAACCAGGAUGUAGGAUUCAAAACAGACGUCUAAUCCCAUGCAAAUCUUUAUUAUGUAGUUUUACAGUGGGCUUUAGAGAAGAGUGAAACUAACUGAACUCUGUUUAGACGCAGCAGUGUUUCUGUCAGCAGAAUGCUGUAAUAUAAUAUAAUAGAAUAGAAUGUAAUAGAAUAGAAUAGAAUGUUGUGUAAUGUGAUAGAAGGCCUGGGUGUGUAAACAGAGGAGCAUCAGUGAAGCAACUCAGAAGCUUCAGAUAAAAAGGACACUACUGCUGUGUUUAUAGUGGCACAUUUUAUCUGCAGUUUGGCUUCAGUGCUUAUUUAACAACCUGAAAUAUCUUUCUAAGGGAAGUCAGUUGAUCUGAUGGUCAAGAUGAUCCACCUACCAGCAGCUCAGUAUCUGCGUUACACCAAGAUGACUUACACACUGAGCAUCAUUGCGGCUGUUUUCGUGGCUCAUAUUGUGUCCUUGAGCAGCUCGCAACAGAACGUUGACCCAAACGUCAUCAAAGCGGCCAACUUUGCCAUGGAGUUCCACAAUCGCAUGACAAACUAUCCCUAUGCGUACAAAGUCGUGGAGAUCCUGUCGAACUCUGCUCAGAUCUACCCUCCUACUCGGGUGAAGUACUCCAUAAAAGUACGAGCUGCAGAAACGACCUGCAGAAACGACGGCAGUGCGAACCCGGAGGACUGCAGCGUUGCGGCGAACGCGCAGACGAUGAUCUGCAGCUUCGUGGUUCUGGCAGUUCCAGGAGAGAACUCGCUUCCUGAAUACGUCCUGUCACAGCACUGUGCUUGAGGUGUUGUUCAUCCAACUGCAUGAAAGGUUGUUGUUUAAAAAUCUAGGUUUCCUGAGGAAGAGAAAAUCCUUCUUUAGGAAGAGAUUUUCCUUGAAAAGCUUCUUUUUUCCUUAAGAAUCUACGUAUCGAUCAAAACACUAUGUGGCAUGCUGUUGUGGGAAAAUAAUCAACAACAUGGUGUGGUGAAUCGGUGUUACUUUUCCCAGCCAGUAGUUGAUUACUUUCCUAUAAAAGGAUGUCCUGAGGUGGUGGUGAUUUUUUUUUUUUUAAAUCGUUAAAGAGCGACAUAGUUUCUAUCCGCUUAUUUAAUGUUAUGGAACGAAUCAAACAAAUGACUUCCUGUUAUCACUUUAGGUCUAGCAGCUAUAACCAGUCGUCGUCUGUCCUGAAGAUUUUUCCGUGGCGUAAAACUUAGUUCCAGCUGUUACAAAGCCUCACGCCUUCUAUAAAUGAACGCCUCCUUAUGGAGAACUUUACUAAAACUUGUGGUGUUUUGGAAUCUGUUUAUUAGCAUUCGGCUUUGAUGAGUGGAGUGUUCAUCGGACAGGUCUGUGUGUAAGUCGGUACCAUGUGUCAAAACGAUGAUGCUGUUAGAGAAAAUGAAUCAACAACCUUCUGACCAAUCAGAUUUGAGUAUUCUGAUUCAACAGCGCUGUGGUUUUGGGUUAGAAAUGAGGCGUGAUAGCAAUUUUAAUCACGUUUCUUUUUUAUUAUUGGUAUAAAUAGUGAGCUGGGGGGGGGGGGGCAUUAUUUUAUUCACAGAGAUUCAUUAGACUGGUACAUCCAGGAACUUUAGCUUGCAGCACGUACCAACAAGAGGCUUUUUUUUUUUUUGGGACAGGGGACAAAUAACACUCGCUGUAGACUUGAAUGUAAAAUAGCAGGACAAAAGCAAAGCAACAGAGAACCACAAUAAUUAAAUUCGAUUAUAAAUGACCCAAAGACACUACUGUACAUCGAGUAAAUAGAUGAAUUUAACUACUCCGGAGUUUUCCAGCCUCAAAAUGGAGACUUCUGGAAACGCUAUGGAAACCGUUAGAGUCUGAAAACUCCCACUGAUCUUUAAAUAAAAAUUGGGUAUUUGGCGAAUUAACAGUUAUUAGUUAUUCCACAAAAUCGAGUCGUACAUGAGCUGAUGGCUAUAAUCCGUGUACGACGAGAUUGAGUGGAAUAACUGUUUUAUUCUCUGUGUAUUCACUGGAUUUUGAGAAACAGCGCAUUUUUGUUUUUAUUUUUUGCAAAUUCGACAAAUAAAAACUUUCUACAAAACAUCUGACAAUCAUUCCUAUUUAAAAAACUGGCGAAAUGACAGGAGCAGUUUGUGAAAAAUGCUAGAAUAAAAAUUCUUGAAAAUAAAAAAAGGAUACGUUCUUAGCAUCAAAUAGUUUUAUUCCAUAUUUUCUUGCUUUCUGUUUUUGUAUUUUUGGGAUUUUGUUUUCGAGUAGAGUUUUUAUUUCGUCCUCGGUUGGUUCAGCAACACGCGCCGCCAUUUUGUUUUUCUCUACUCACGGUAUAUGAGCUGAUAUCCUAGUAGUAGAGUAGCCAAUCAGAGCGCGCGAUUGAUCAUAUCCAGUGAAUGUGGAUAGAAUAAAUAAAUUUAUACUACUAAUUGUAUAAAAUAUGAAUAAUGGAUGUGAGAAUGUGUGAGUCUGUGUGGGCAUUCAAAACAAAACCCAAACACCACCGCUUUUGUUAUUGUAGUUUACAAUAAUCCUGAAAUAAAGAGUGAAAAAUUG